CCCACGGAACGGUCAGCAGCUGCAGUGGACUUAGGAUAUGAUCUAGCAUGGAACAAGCCAGCAUUCUUUUAGUUAUGUCGUUAUAUGCUCUGAUGCCGAUACGACGGCUUUGCUUUUAAAACGGUCAUACUCAGUGAACUGCCAACUUCUGAAGCUGUGUCACCUUAUUUUGUCAUGCAUGCUUUUAUGAUGCUGAUGCAGCGUAGCGCCUAACGCACUGCAAAUGAUCAUGAAGACGUCAGACAUACGCAAGAGCCCUUCCAACAGUGUGGCCUGAUUGAAAGGUUGGACCAUCACUCCUUGAUCAUGAAAUGUGGCCCAGCACUUUGUGCGUCCUGCUCGCCAUGUCCCUGCCUGUGCCCUGUCUGGGCCCUGGCACGCACGAGGCGUUCCUCCACGGCACGGGCCGGUGGCGCCUACGGCCCAAGCGAGAAGAAGUGCUUGUGCCGGACUGGAUCUUGGCUGAGGGGUGCCACGUGGAGAACUGCGCGGAGCUCAUCGGCCGCGAGGCACCUGAGAACUACCGGAACGCCUCGCACGUCAAGAUGCACACCCCUCUGCUGCUGAGCAGCCCCAGCCCGGGCCGUGUCCGCUUCCCGGGCGGCCAGGAGGUGGCCAUCAGCUCUACCGAGCUGCGCAACCACCUGGCCAACACGCUCUGCUGCCAGGUCAACGAGGUGACGCACGUCACUGAUCGAGCGUCCCGCCUCAAGCUGAUGACGGCCUUCUACGAGAACGUCAUCUCGUGGCUGGAGGAGCUGCUGAUCCCGACGCUGUCCACCGAGCAGUACGUGAGCGUGGAGGAGCGCGAGGCCGUGUCGCGGCUGACCAAGGACCUGGGCGUGCUCCAGCAGGACCGCUACGUGCCGGCCUUCUACCUGGACGCGACCGAGGCGCGCGAGCGGGAGGAGGAGUGGCUCCACCUGCGGACUAUCGGCCUGAUCGUGGCCUGCGCCGUCGGCGGUGUGCUGCUCACCGCCGGUCUGCUGUUCUGCGUUUUAAUGGCGCGCGGCAAGAAGCGGGCGGUGGCGCGACAGCAGGGCGAGAUGGAGCCACUGCUGGAGGGCACGCCGGCGCCACAGACGCCCACUGCCAGCGGCGGCAGCGAGUCCACGCCGGAGCAAUCGCUCGGCCAGGACGUGGUGUCGCGCGGGCGGCUCGAUACCGCCGACGACCCUGGAUCCGCCUAUACGUCAGGAUCGAGCUCCACUCCCGGGCGCUCCGUCAACGAGAUCACCGUCAGCGUGGAGGACACGUCGCGCUCCUCUACCGAGUUCUCCGAGGUCACUGAGACCACUGGACCCACAUGACCCGAGGUCAGGCGCAUUGUCGCCGC